AUGUUUCAACACAUAACAUUGUAUCAUCAAAACGAACCAAAUUUCAGUAUCACAUGCGAUUUGCAUAAUGCUUGCGGAGUUUUGUACCGAACAUAUUCUGCGUAUAAAGCCCAUGUUUACCGACAACACAUAUCUGAACUUCAUUUGAAAAACAAACCGAACGACAAUCGACAACAAGAAAAUAUAAAUAGUUCAACUGUGAAUUCCGAAGUAAUCAACAAUGGUGAUGAUACAUUUUACUCCGUUUAUGGCACUUUCGAAGAAAAUCCUGUUGAUGACGAUUUGGACGCAAAUUUUUGUAAUACUGGAUCGUUCUUUCCUUCGACUAAUGUUGAUGAAAGUGUCUCUGAAUUGCUGUCGAUUAUUAAACGAUCGUACUUGUUGUUCAUCUUGGAAUUACGCGAAGAAUAUUUACUGCCACAGGGUGUGACAAAUAUUAUCUCGACGUAUAUUGUAACACUCCUCCGUCACCUGGAAAUUUUACUGAAUAAAAAAGCAACUGCACCAUAUACAAAUAGUUAUCAAUCUUCAACAUCUGCAUUACCGAAACGAAAUCAAAAAGUUAUUGAAAUUCAUCAAUUAAAUGAAACAUUAAAUGAUUUGUCUGAUACAAUCGAAGCGGUUUCUAAAAACAAUUAUCAAUUCAUGAAAAACUGUGAGAAAUACUUCGGUUUGAUUUCGCCGGAACAAGUGGUUUUAUCAUCGCCUGGUGAAAGUGUCGAACUUGGUUAUUUUAUUCCGAUUGAUCGAACAAUAUCAUCAAUGUUGAAAUCUCAACCACUUCUCAUUGAGAUUUUAGAAAAUAUUCAUCAACAGCGAAUCACUGUUGAUAAUGAUCCAGAUCUGAUGUUUUCAGUGAGAGAUGGAAUGUAUGGUAGUCGAUUUGAUGAAGAAAGUCUGUUAAUCCAAUUAUAUUUGGACGAUAUUGGUCUCACUAAUCCGCUCGGUGCUAAACGUGAUAGACAUAAAAUGACAAUGAUUUAUUUUUCUUUGGAAGACAUGCCAGACAAAUAUCGUUCGAAACUCGAUUUCAUUCAGUUAGUUGCUGUUUGUGAGAGCAAGCAACUAAAGGUAAAUUUUUCUAAUAAAAAUGGAAUAUGUACUGAGUUGGCAACUGAGUUACAAAGACUCGUUCUAAUAGUAUCCAUGGAAACAAUAUCAUUCUAUAUUAUUUCUCAUUUCUUUUUUGAGAAUAAUGACAAAGCUCAGCGCUUCUUUGCGCCAAUUGUGGAAAAUUUGAACAAGUUGCAAUUGAAUGGUAUUUCAAUCAACGGCGUCCAUCUUACAUUUUCUUUUUCUACAGUAGUAGCUGACAAUUUGGCAUCUCAUUUUAUAGGUGCUUUUCAGUCUUGUUUUAAUGGUGGUUAUUUUUGCAGAAGAUGUUAUAUUACUUAUCCAGAGAAGAAUUUACCAAUUUCAUUAGAAAAAAUUCAAACUCGGUCAAUGACUGAUCACGAUAGUCUCGUUGAUGAGAUCACCAACGAUCCUACUGGCACACCGUUGAAGGGUGUCAUGGGACCAAGUCCAUUACGAGAACUAAUUGGUUUUCAUGCGACGACAUCAUUACCCCGCGAUCUUAUGCAUGACUACCUUGAAGGAAUAUGUCCAAUGAUCAUAAUGUCGUUACUCAAGCAAGCAUCUGCGUUACGAAUUUUAACAUACAGUGAGAAUGUUUUUGCCAUUUUCAAUCCAAUUCCGACAGAUUUUCUUGCAUGA